GUGGGGUGUAUGAAGGGUUCUUCGUCUUCCUCAAUCCAAUUGCUGACUUGAACCCUUCUGAGGUUCAUCGUCACGGCACGGCACGUUUCCGGUGCUUUUUUCUCUUUUGGAAGGGGGUUCCAGGGGCUUCCGCACCGACCUCCUGUGGUUUCUCCUUGCACCGGGGCUGCUGCUGCCUUUUUCGAAACUAUUUGCGGUGAUGUGUGGGUUUGGAUUGGGAAGUAGGGUUGUAGAAUUCUGAGGUUUGGGUUUAAGUAGGGGUUCGGGAUUGAGCAUUAAGGAGGAGUUUGAGCAUUCAGGAUCAGAAAAAUGGCGUCGAUGGCGCAUUCUCUGACGCUCCCGUCUGUGGGUUCUUCACUCGUUGGCCAGCUGAAUGACAGUGCGAAGAGUAAGCGACGGACCAUUGCGCAGGCGGCGUCUACCGGAAGAAAGAAUUUGAAGAAGUCUGCGAGUUUGUCCGUGUCCGGUUUCCAAUCCUUUUCCGGAAUGCGCAAGGCUUCCGCCGUUGAUGCUUUGACUGUCAAGCAAGGAAAGGAUUUGAAGUCUGUAGUGGCGAAAUCUAUGGCUGUGGCCGGCCAUUCCCGGCCCUCUAGGGGCGUAACGUUUGCUAUGUUUGAGCGUUUCACCGAGAAGGCCAUCAAAGUUAUUAUGCUGGCUCAGGAGGAAGCUAGGCGGCUUGGGCACAAUUUUGUUGGUACCGAGCAAAUUCUUUUGGGGCUCAUUGGGGAGGGUACCGGUAUUGCUGCGAAGGUUUUGAAAUCGAUGGGAGUGAACCUCAAGGAAGCUCGUGUGGAAGUCGAGAAGAUCAUUGGUCGGGGAAGUGGUUUCGUUGCCGUUGAGAUCCCCUUUACGCCCAGGGCCAAGAGGGUUCUUGAGCUGUCGCUGGAAGAAGCCAGGCAGCUUGGUCACAACUACAUCGGCACAGAACAUUUGCUUCUGGGAUUGCUGCGAGAGGGAGAGGGUGUGGCUGCCCGAGUUCUCGAGAACCUAGGAGCUGACCCUAGCAAUAUUCGCACACAGGUCAUUCGCAUGGUCGGUGAGAACAAUGAGGCUGUUGGCGUAGGAGGUGGCAGCGGCAGCGGUAGUAAUAAGAUGCCCACCUUGGAAGAAUACGGGACAAAUUUGACUAAACUUGCUGAGGAGGGAAAGCUUGAUCCAGUUGUUGGAAGAGUUGCUCAGAUUGAGCGAGUGACCCAGAUUUUGGGCCGUAGAACCAAGAACAAUCCAUGUCUGAUUGGAGAGCCUGGUGUGGGGAAAACGGCCGUCGCCGAGGGCCUGGCUCAGAGGAUUGCAUCUGGAGAUGUACCCGAGACUAUUGAAGGCAAGAAGGUUAUCACUCUUGAUAUGGGUUUAUUGGUUGCUGGAACCAAGUACAGAGGAGAGUUUGAGGAGAGGUUGAAGAAGUUGAUGGAAGAGAUUAAACAAGCAGACGACAUUAUCCUCGUUAUUGAUGAGGUGCACACGCUCAUUGGUGCUGGUGCUGCUGAGGGUGCGAUUGACGCUGCUAACAUACUGAAACCCGCUUUAGCCCGAGGUGAAUUACAGUGUAUUGGGGCAACCACUCUGGAUGAGUACAGAAAGCAUAUUGAAAAGGAUCCUGCAUUGGAGCGACGUUUCCAGCCCGUUCUGGUGCCAGAACCUACCGUUGAAGAGACCAUCGAGAUCCUUAAGGGUUUGAGGGAGAGAUAUGAAAUUCACCACAAGCUGCGAUACACAGAUGAGGCCUUGAUUGCAGCAGCACAGCUGUCUUACCAAUACAUCAGUGACCGAUUCUUGCCUGACAAGGCAAUUGAUCUUAUUGAUGAAGCGGGUUCGAAAGUGAGGCUCAAACACGCUCAGCUGCCUGAAGAGGCAAGGGAGCUCGACAAGCAGCUGCGUGCUGUUACAAAAGAGAAAAACGAAGCUGUCCGGGGCCAGGACUUUGAGAAGGCUGGUGAGUUGAGAGAUAAGGAAAUGGAAUUGAAGGCUCAAAUUUCAGUCUUCAUCGAGAAGGGUAAGGAGCAAAUGAAAGCAGAGAGCGAAACCGGCGAUGUUGGGCCUACUGUUGAAGAGUCCGACAUCCAGCAGAUUGUGGCCGCCUGGACUGGCAUUCCCAUGGAGAAGGUUUCAAGUGACGAGUCUGACCGUCUAUUGAAGAUGGAAGAUACUCUUCACAACAGAGUUAUUGGUCAGGACGAAGCUGUGAAAGCUAUCAGUCGCGCUAUUCGUAGGGCACGUGUUGGGCUGAAGAACCCUAACCGCCCUAUUGCCAGUUUCAUCUUCUCUGGUCCCACCGGAGUCGGAAAAUCAGAACUUGCAAAAGCUCUGGCUUCCUACUACUUCGGUUCCGAAGAAGCUAUGGUGAGGCUUGACAUGUCUGAAUUUAUGGAAAGACAUACUGUCUCCAAGCUUAUCGGCUCUCCACCUGGUUACGUCGGUUACAGUGAAGGAGGCCAGUUGACUGAAGCCGUUCGCAGGAGGCCUUACACUGUCGUUCUUUUUGAUGAGAUUGAGAAGGCUCAUCCUGAUGUCUUCAACAUGAUGCUUCAGAUUUUGGAAGAUGGACGCUUGACUGACAGCAAGGGUCGAACUGUUGACUUCAAGAAUACUCUACUCAUCAUGACUUCAAAUGUUGGAAGCAGUGUCAUUGAGAAAGGUGGAGGUGGUAUUGGUUUCCAGUUGGAUUAUGGUGAGAAAGACUCGAGCUACAACCGCAUCAAGAGUCUUGUUAAUGAAGAGCUAAAGCAGUAUUUCAGGCCCGAGUUUUUAAACAGGCUUGACGAGAUCAUCGUCUUUAGGCAACUCACAAAGUUAGAAGUUAAGGAAAUUGCCGAUAUCAUGUUGAAGGAAGUCUUCGAGCGUCUCAAGAAAAAAGAGAUUGACUUACAAGUUACUGAGAGAUUCAGGGAUCGGGUUGUUGAUGAAGGCUACAGCCCUAGUUAUGGUGCUCGGCCAUUGAGGCGAGCUAUUAUGAGGCUUCUGGAAGAUAGCAUGGCGGAGCGCAUGCUUUCUGGAGAAAUCAAGGAGGGAGAUUCAGCUAUUAUUGACGUGGAUAGCGAUGGUGGUGUCACAGUAUUGAAUGGUACCACAGGAACAUCCACGAAUACAGCCAUAGACCAGGCUCCUGCUGGUAUUGCCUAAAACCCACGACAUUCGAGGGUUUUUCUUGAUAGGUAGAGGUUGUGAUCUGCUAGGUUUGGUAGAUUCAGAAACUUAGUUCGAGUUCCCUCUGUAAUCAUAGCAAAAUGUGGUUCGAAACAUCGAAGAAAGAGUCAAUUGAUACCUCAAGCGUUUAUUCUUUCUCGAUGAUCACAUUCUUGGCACUCUUCAGAUUUGUGCAUGGAGUAUGAAUUGUUACAUUUUGCUGUGUCCAUCACUUAUACAGUCAAGUAGAUGGUCUCGAGGUUACAAUCCUUGUGUAAGAAAUUUAGAUGCACACCAAGCUUCUGAAAGCUUUCUUCAGAA